AAACGCUUGCUUUUUAUUUGGCGCCCGAGCGCUGGUCAGGCCCACUGGAUUCGCCGUCUCAUUGGCAGAUUGUAGGCAAAAGGCGGGUCUACGGGAGGAGCCUGUGGGAAGUGAAUGUGUCAAUGUCAAACAGCGAAACGAGCCUGGAUCAGCUGUUUCGGAAGAUUACGGCUACGUCCAGUGAUAAAGCCUCUAGGGACAGACAGGUAGGUACCAAGAGUGCAAACCGUCUGGUGGCAGACGCCGAGGAGCGCAUCUUAUCAAGGAAACAUGAAUACACUACCGAGAAAAAGCGUGCUUGCACUGUGCAGAAACGCCAGUAACUGCGUCGUGAAAAUGCUUUCCGGUCAUGCGGGUCACCCUGCAGCCUGCUCGACCGGCAGAGCAUGUCUCGGAGGAGUGAGGGUUUGUCACUCCGGGACCGGACACUCCAAAAGCAAGAACAGCGUCAGCACCAAGAAGCGUGGCUAUGACAUCACUAGGAACCCGCACUUGAACAAGGGCAUGGCUUUCACCCUGGAGGAGAGGCAGCAGCUGGGGAUCCACGGCCUGCUGCCCCCCUGCUUCCUCACGCAGGACGUCCAGGUGCUGAGGGUCAUGAAGAGCUACGAGAUACGCAGCAACCCCCUCGACAAGUACAUCCUGCUCAUGACCCUCCAGGACAGGAACGAGAAGCUCUUUUACCGCCUGCUGACCUCAGACAUUGAAGAAUUCAUGCCCAUCGUUUACACCCCCACUGUGGGACUGGCCUGCCAGCAGUACGGCCUGGCCUUCAGGAGACCACGGGGGCUCUUUAUUACCAUUCAUGACAAGGGACACAUCGCCACAAUGCUGAACUCCUGGCCGGAGGAGGACAUCAAGGCCAUCGUGGUCACCGAUGGGGAGCGGAUCCUUGGACUGGGUGACCUGGGCAGCUACGGCAUGGGCAUCCCAGUGGGCAAGCUGGCUCUCUACACCGCAUGCGGAGGAGUACCACCCCAGCAGUGCCUGCCUGUGCUGCUGGACGUGGGCACCGACAAUCAGGUGCUCCUGGACGACCCCCUGUACAUUGGGCUGAAGCACAAGCGCGUGCGGGGCAAGGAGUACGACGACCUCAUCGACGAGUUCAUGCAGGCCGUCACUGACAAGUACGGAAUGAACUGCCUGAUUCAGUUUGAGGACUUUGCCAACAGCAACGCCUUCCGCAUCCUCAACAAGUACCGCAACCGCUACUGCACCUUCAACGAUGACAUCCAAGGCACGGCCUCUGUCGCUGUAGCUGGUAUCCUAGCAGCCCUCAGGGUCACAAAGAACAAACUUUCUGACCACAAGUUUGUGUUCCAAGGAGCAGGAGAGGCUGCUUUGGGGAUUGCUCACCUGCUCAUCAUGGCUAUGUGUAAGGAAGGCAUCCCUCACGAUGAGGCUGCAAAGAGGAUAUGGAUGGUGGACUCCAGGGGACUCAUCGUCAAGGGCAGAGGUCAUCUGAACCACGAGAAGGAGGAGUUUGCUCAUGAGCACCCUCACGUGAAGACCCUGGAGGAGGUGGUGCAGAUCAUCAAGCCCACCGCGAUCAUAGGCGUGGCGGCCGUCACUGGGGCGUUCACGGAGAAGAUCAUUAAGGACAUGGCCUCCUUCAACGAGAGGCCCAUCAUCUUCGCUCUCAGCAACCCCACCAGCAAGGCCGAGUGCACCGCGGAGCAGUGCUACCAGCUGACCGAGGGUCGAGGCAUAUUUGCGAGUGGAAGCCCCUUUGACAAGGUGACCCUGGCAGAUGGGCGCACCUUCUACCCCGGCCAGGGCAACAAUGCCUACGUGUUCCCGGGCGUGGCGCUCGGCGUGAUCGCCUGCGGAGUGCGGCACAUCUCUGACGAAAUCUUCCUCACCACAGCCGAGGCAAUAGCAGAGAUGGUGACCGAGGAGAACCUAGCAGAAGGGAGACUGUACCCUCCUCUCAGCAACAUUAGGGAGGUGUCCUUCAAAAUUGCUGUUAAGCUGGUGGACCACGCCUACAGGAAUGGCAUCGCCUCCUUGUACCCUGAACCUAAAGACAAGGAGGCCUUCGUCCUGUCCCAUGUCUACAGCCCUGACUACGACUCCUUCACCUUGGACACCUACAACUGGCCCCCGGCGGCAAUGACAGUCCAGGAUGUGUAAACGAUGACAAAACCGACUUUCUUUCAGGGGACUGGUAAAGCCACAAUGCUCCUUCUUUCCUUUUCUCUGCCAUGCACUCCCACUUACCCAGCAAUGUAACUCUAGUUGCCACAGUAACACUCCUGUGAUGUCAUCACCUUAGGCAGUGCAACUCCAGUUGCCAUAGGAACAUUCCUGUGAUGUCAUCACCCUGGGCUAGUGAAUGCUGCUCUCACCCUAUACUUCCUGUUCCUCUCUCCUUCCUGUAGGACUGCUGUUUCUUCGUUUUGUUUUUUUUUCUACUCCCUCACAAUUUUCUCUUUCCUUAAUAUUCAUCUCCCCCACUAAUCACACUCCUGAGUUUUGGGCAAAUUACUGUUUCUCCAGUCCCAAAGGAUCUACUCUAAUACUUUGGGGG